UAUAAGCUGCGUUUGGAAAUAUCAUCCAGUUUCUCCGAUAGUAUUAUCUUAUCCUUGUUGUUCAUUCAUUGUUAAACAAAGAUAAGACGAUACACGGAGGUACUCGGAUGAUAUUUCGAACGCAGCUUUGAAUGGACAAACAAUGCUCGCGAGUGCUCGUGCGAUUGUGUGAGCGUUAAGUGGAACGUAGCCAAGAUGGCAGCAAAUACACUCGAGGAGAAGAUUAAUAAGAUAAGGCAACAAAAUGAAGAAAUUAAGAGAAGACAUGAGGAAGUGGAGGAAGAUAAGAAAAAUGCGGCUAAAUUGAAUGCACUGGUGCAAAUGGUACCAUCUACAGAUUGGCCGGAAAGGAAGGAGCCACCAGAAUUUUCUAAUCCAUCUAGAACAAGUAAUAAAAUAAAAUUUAUCAAAGAACAUCAUGAACAUCCUCAGCAAUACCAGUCCACGAAUGGUGAAGGACGAAAAGUUCAUACCUUUGCUCAGGGACAAGGGCCUCCACCUGAUCCUAAAUAUAAUUUCCUUGCUGAUGCUGAGAGAGAAGGAGGUGAAAGAGAGGGCACGAAGGACAACUCAAAUAGAGGCCAGAAACAUUCAAGAGGCAUGUUUAAGAAGAAACCAGGAGGAAAAGAUGGAAUGCAAAGAGAUUGUAGAACAAAUAGAGGAUCAUACAGGGAUGAGCAUCAGCCAGAGUACGAAGCUUGGAGAGCUGAGAGAAAUCGUAUUGAUGAAGAUCGCAUUAGCAGACAGAGAACUGCAGAAGGUAAUUGGCGUAGAGAAUGGGAUAAUAACAAGGCUCACAUUGUGGAUGAAAUGGCGAGAACUGAGACUAAAUUAGAAGAUCAUAUAAAAAAGGACUUUAAAGAUUUUGAUAAAAAAUACAAUGUUAAUGGAAAUGAUUAUAUAAGCUAUAAUCGCGGUAAUCAUCGUUCCUAUCGAGGAAAUUCGAGACAUUUUCAUAAUAAUUAUGAAAACAAUUCCAACAGUACAUAUCAAGUUGGACACUUUAAAAAUUCUUCCAGUUCCGAAAAGAGAACUGUUGUUGCUACCGACAAAAGUAUAAAAAUUACGUUGAAUCAAGAAAAUAUGGCAAAAGGUCCAGUCAUGAGUGUCAAAGUAAAUUCACCAAGUAUUGCUGGAACAGGACGAGUCGGACCGCGACAAAAAAGUCGUGUAACAUAUAGUAGUCAUUCGGAUGUUGAAGUAACUUCCCCUGACACCGAGUCCUUUUCAUGUCCAAAGUUGUAUGAAGACAGACCUAAAGGUACCUAUUGUGAAAAUCUGCACGAAUCCUCGAAUUGGCGAAAGUCACAACUUUCACCAAAGAAAAAAGACUUCAGUAACAAAUCUCCUUACUUUCGUAAGAAAGAAAUUAAAAGAGAAGAUGAGAGCUUGCAAAAAUAUCAUAAAAUAGAAUCACCUCGGAAAGAAUAUAAGGAAUCACAUACACAAAAGUUUUAUCAAUCUAAAUCUCAAAAUUAUGAGGAAAACACUGCAGAGUCACAAGACAUAACGACAGUAAACAAAAAAGAAAGCAAUAUAAUUUUUUCUAAAGAAUCUGAUAUGAAUAAUAUAGGAAUAAACAAUAUGGAUAAUCAGAACAGCAAUUUAAACUCACACAUAAACGAAACACGUGAAAUUUAUACAGACAAAGAAGAUGAGGCUGAUUUACAAAACUUAGAUUUAUCUUCAUUUGAGAGUGAUACAGAGAUAAUUGAAGCAUGUGAAAAAGAUAGAAAGAAGGAAGAUAAAUUGGAUGAGUUGCAAAAUGUUCAAACAAUUGUGACAUUCGAAUGUAAAAAUACUAAAACAAAGUUAAUUACAGCGUCACUAGAAAAUAAUAAUGAUGAAAAUAAGACUCAAUAUGUGGAAAACUUGUCAUGUGAUGCUAAUAAAGAUACUAGGGAAACUAUAAUGAAAAAUGAAGAUUCAGAACGAGAGAGAACUAAAAAAAUCUUAACAAAUAACUGUGAUAAUAAACAAACUAAAGAUAUGAGUGAACAAGAAAAAGGCAUCAAACAUUGUGCAGAAAUCUCUCUAAAACAAAAAGAAGUAAACAGUGUUAUGAGUCUAUCUUUAACUGAUGUAGAUUAUAAUAUAGCAAAACAAAGUAAUAAAUUAAAAAGCGACUACAAAGCCUUUAAAGGGAAAGAAAUUUUAGCUAUUGAAGAUGAAGUUAUUACAGAUGAAAAAAUUAACACUGGUUAUAAACAGGAUGUAACAAAAUGUAUUAAUGAAACUAAAGAAGACACUAAAGAGAAAGAGCGUAACGUUGCAAAUAGCAUUAUAAUUGAUAAAAUCGAAUCUUUAAAAGAAGAUUUACACAUAGAAGAAAAGGCAGCUUCAAGUGACUAAAAUUGAAAGAUAAAAAAGAGAAAUACAAAAUAAAAAAAUACGAAAUGUUACAAUAUAACUAUAAGUUACCGAAAAUGUGUGAUACAAAACAAAGCUUUUAUAAAUACAUGUUGAAAUGCAUGACAUAUAUUUCAAAAGUUAAUUUUUAUGGCAAUAUACGAGUUGAGAAAAUGUAGUUAUUCGAAUACGUUAGUUCUCAACAAGAGAGAAAGAAAAAAAAAGAGGAUGAUUUAAAAUACUGUAACAAGAA